AUGGCUGAUGGAGCCUCCAUAAUCCACGAGCACCUGAUAAGGUUCGCGCUGGAGAACGAAGUGGCCGACCAGAUCGUCAACAGCAUAUGUCUCUGUCGAGUGUACGAGCGGCCUUUUGUUAAAGAAUUCGCAAUGGAGAGGUUGUGCAAGCUUCUUGAUAAUUUUAAGACGGCUUCCUCAAUAACGUUUAAGGUGGAGAUGGUUCCGGAGGAGGGCGCGGGCCCGCGGGCCGGCGCCGCGUGGAGUGAGGCGGCGCGGGCGCGCCUGGCGCGCUGCCUGGCGCCGCACCAGCGCCGCUCCACCAGCGAGCGCCUCGCGCACAUGGCGGCGCGCACGGCGCCUCACGACCUAAGCGCCUGGUCCGGUUACAAACACCGCUGUGACUGUCUCACUCCAAGAACGCUGUGUGCUCAACAACGGAAACAGCUGUUAAGUUUUUUGUGUUUUAGAAUUUCCUUCUUUGGUAUGAUGCAAGCUGUGAACGAGUUCAACGGGUCCAAGGAAGUGUUGGAUAAGGUAUGUGAUAGCAAUAAACUAUGUACUGAACCCAUUUUGAUAGAUGUUUUUUGUGCGAUAGAUUCAAUAACGGAUAGUUCAAGCAGGGAUUUGCAACAAGGAGACGGUACUGGGGCCAAGCCUCCCGAUAACUUUGAGGAUCACAUGAGCAAAUCGAACUCCGGCUUGGACCUGAGUGACUCCAACUUCACCGACGACCUCGAUGACAGUUCAGACUCCGACGGGUCGCCGUCGUCAUCAUCGGGGUCUGGUGGUGGGAGGCUGUGCCGGACCGUCCGACGCUUGAUGAGAUCCAUCGCAGCCAUCGAGAGACUCAUGGACCGCGUGUUGAGACACUGCGAUCGAUGGACGGAUAGGGACGCGAGUUAUGUAUGUCUGUCUUUCAGACGCCGUGUACACGCCGGUUUGUCGGAAGUAGACCGAAAGCUAAUGGCGAUGUACCGCAGACUUCCCGAUGUCCACCGGAGGCAGUUGCAGCUGUAUCGGAAGCAGAAGAGACUUUCCACUGUGUGCGCGCGGCUGGCGGGCGGGCGCGCGCCGGCGCCGCCGCCGCCCGGCUCGCCGCCGCCCGCGCCCGCGCGCGCGCCGUGCCGCCCGCUGUGCCCCGAGUACCACCUGCAGCGCUUCAAGGAGGUACGCGCUGCGCCUCGGGUACGACGUAAGGUAAUGCACAUGCGCGAUCAGCAGUUGUACUACCAUCGCUUGAGGAUGUGGCUCGAAGACCAGCUGCGUCAGGAAAGGGAGAGCUUGCCGGACGCAAACGUAAAGGUUAUAGAUGACCUUCCGAAGCGUAAGCGGCGCAACCUCAGCCCGAAGCUACAGAAAAUGGCGUCCGCACCGAAACGAAAGCUCAAACCCCAACUAUCCCAAGCAAUAAAUAAACCUCACAAAAUCCUCCAACUACUCAAAAGUAAGGCCCCCCUCCAGCCAGAUAUAAAGUCUCCCUACAAAGAAAUAGAUAGCAAAUCCGAAGCGGAACCGCCUGAAGCGUUCCCGUUAGACAAGGAAGAUAAUAUAAGCGAUACGGAAACAAUAGUAGGCGAGAAAGAGACGGACACUAUUUGUAAGGAAAUGAAAGAGUGUCUAGCUAAGUUUGCCAAUUUCGCGUUAAAUAGUCCGGAUGGUAAAGAGGAGUACGAGCCGGAGAAAGAUGUUAAAUAUCUAGAUUCGGUCAGUCCACCGUUGCAAGAAAUGUCUCCGACGACCUCCGGACCGCCAGUUUACUCGCAUAAGUCACAAAGAAUCAUAGCCGUUAAUAAAAUUUUUAACAAAGAAGAUAAAGUGUUAGAUUUUCAAUCACAAGCUAGUGAUAUAAACGCCAGAGCUAAUGAUGAGGAUGCUAGCGAAAUAGAUAAUAAUGAAGACAAGGACGUUGAUGUGUUAAAAUAUGUGACAUUCGGUUUGAAAAUUAAGAAAGCAAUGGAGGAAUGCCAGAAUAUAAUCAAUUCGUAUAAUAAAGAUGAGAAGAAACGGGAUGUUCACGAGCCUCCGACUAUGGAGCAGAUCGUCGAAGUCAUGUUAACCCUAGAUAAGAAUUCCGCGGAAUUUCUAGAAAAAAUGGACGCAGACGAUCCAAUAGAUAUGAACGUUGCAAUGUCAAAGUUAUCCGAAUUAGUAGAAAAUAUGCCUCAAACUCUAGCUAAUAUGCCGGAAAUAGCUUCGAAGUUGUCUGAGUUCGCGAACGCCAGCUUCGAACUUCCGGAAUUCGCGUCUAUUAUGAAUAGCUUGCCGGAUGUGAACAAUGACGCCCAAUUGACGCCGGAAACGUUGAAGCAGAUACGGGAAUUGAAGCUUUCGAAACGAGACAAUAUAAAAGUAACGAAAAACACUGCCAAGAGAAAAAUUAAUCGUAGAAUUAGAGCCGACGACGACGUGUUCCAAUUUGAGGGUAUCACGGAAAUAUUGAAGGACGAAAAGGAUCUGCAGAAUCUUAUGAAAAAUAAGAAUAACGAUGAGUUUAAGGAUUUCCUAUUUUCUACGCCCGCUCAAGUAGUUAUUAAUAAGGCUUUCGAUUACCUCAAACAGAAUAAGAGUCCAGAACUAUCCAAGUUUUUAGAGGAAGGUAAGGAAUUGCUAUUUUUACCGCGUAAUAGUCUUAAUUCUGAAAUGUAUUCGAAAGCCUCCAAUCUAUUCGAUAAUUCUGUUAAGGACGCUUUAAGUAUGACUGAGUUGAGAGAUAUAGUCAAAUCUAGGUUUAAUUCCUGGAAACACAACGUAGCUACUAAGCUUAAGAGCAUACCUAUCGAUAUAUUAGAGAAUGAAAUAGAAGUUAUGUUAGAUAAGUUCUAUUCGUCGAUACAGGACUUAGCUUCGAAACAGUGUAAUAGCGAAAGUGACAAGAUUAUUGAAAAAAUCGAUGAAUUGAAUCGAAGUAACGACGAAUCGGAUACAGAAGGGUGUUCAGCUUCGAAGGAAACUCUGAAACAAAUCACAAAGUUACUGAGCACGUUUGCUGGUAACACGCUAGACUUGCUAAUAGUGAAAUUGUCGAAAAUGUCCGACGAUAAGAAAUCAGCUGUGAAAAGUUUAAAGUUUAAGUAUUUGGACGUUGUGAAACGUUGCGCGGAGUCGCAGGAGCUAGUUAGCUGGAUAUUCCUAGACCCGGAAAUCGCUAUCAACGUUAUACAGGAACUUACGGGUCUAGAGGUCAGGAAAUUGGACAACGCGCCAGACUUUUCGACGUUGUCGAAUGAUAGAAAAAAGGAUUACUUCAUGAAUCGCUUGAAAGAAACCAACAGGCAGUAUAUGGAAACGCUGCCCAAAAAAGGUUUGACGGGUGAUGAAUGGCUAGUGAUGCUGUACAGGCUGGAGCAGUUAGAGGACACUUUAAGGGAAUCGUUUUCGAAAAUGGCGCCCCCGACGAAAGUCAUACAAACACAGGCCAGUGAAGCGGAAAUCGUAGCAGCUAAAGGUCUCAGUAAGAUAAUUGGUAAAGCAAACGUAAGAAUAGUCAAGAAAACCAAUCAAGAACCCCCGAAACCGGUCAAGAAGGAGGAAUUACCGGCAAAUAACGAUGACGACGAUAAGAAAUGCAAGAGCUACGCACUUUUAGCGAAGUGUGAAGCGAUAUUGACGUCAAAGGGCGAUAAAUCACUUUUAGAUAGUUUUUACGCGAUAAAAUCCUACAUAACCCAAGGACUGCCCGUUCCUGAAACCUAUAAAAAACACGUCAUAUCUAUAUGUUCUAGUAUCGACGCGAAACUUCUAGAAGAGGACGCAGAAGAAUGUAUGAAAGUAGAAGAAUUAGAAAUCGAUAAGGACAAAACUCCUCUAUCAGUCAUCGGUUCCCAGAACCCGGAACUUUUAGCUAAAUAUUCCGCCCAAGCGUUGAGAAAUGCUAAACAAACUUUAAACGCGGUCGCCUUUAGGAAUAUGUCGAGAAACGGACAGACGAAAUCUGAAAGCGACGCUUGCGAUACACCCAAAAACAACUGCAAAUGGACGAAUGACUGUGUUUGUGAUUCGUGUAAGAAUUCAGAUGUGUCGUCUGUGUGUCCCGGUGAUGUAGUGAAGUGCGACGAUGAUAAGAAGCUUCAAGAGGACAAGAAGAAGGAGAAGAAGGUCAUGCAGAAGCAGAAGCAGGCCCCGAAGGGCUGUGAGAACGGUAACCAUCAGCAGCAUGUUUGUAAAGUGGGGCACGGCGCUUGUGUGGGUGAGGGCGCCGCCGACCAGCCCUGCAACUGUUGCUACUGCACUGUCUUCGGACUAGCGCCGCCGCUAACGACCCCAGUUCCGCGCAACUUCAACGAAACGAGAGAGAGGUUGAGAUCGAUACUCAAUAAGAAGAAGCAGAAAUGUAAAACGAACGGCGAGGUGGAGUCCCCGCCGGAGCGCGCGCCCCCGCAGCCCCCGCAGUCGCAGGCCUCCACACCCCCCCUUCUCCCCGCUUCUCAGGCCCUCCCCAAGUCUCUCCCCCCAACAUUGACUCCUGCGCAGGCGCAACAGAAGCGGCAAGCCAUCGAGAACCAGCAGAAACAGCUAGCUGAAAAAAUGGCCAAGAUGGUCGUCACAGAGAAACCGGAAAAUAAACCUAAGGCUCUUCAACGUUCAGUUCCAGCGCAAGUGAACGCUCCAACUGCGGUCAAAGCCGAGGGGAAAGUCAAUGCGAGCGCUAUGGAGCAGAUACGAAUACAGCAACUCAAACAACAGCAGCAAGCGCAAAUGCAACAGCAGAUGCAGCAGCAGCAACAACAACAAAAACAACAACACCAGCAGCAGCAACAACAACAACAACAACCACAACCACAACCACAACAACAACAACAACAACAACAAAACCAACAACAACAGCAAACACAACACCAACAAAAGAAACCUGAACCUAUAUACGAUCUGCCGAUACACAACAAACCGACUUUGACUCCUCAGCAGCAACAACAGAUAAGACAACAACAGUUGCAACAACAACAACAGCUACAACAACAACAGAUGCAACAACAACAACAGCAGCAGCAGAUUCAACAACAACAGCAGAUGCAACAACAUCAACAACAACAACAGCAACAGAUGCAGAUGCAACAACAACAGCAGAUGCGGCAGAGUCGGCAACAACAGAACACAGUGUCGAUAUCGAGUCGAGAUACGAGCGUCUUCUCAACUAGCUCUGGCUGUUCUGGAGGUUCUUGUUGGCGUGGUCGAGGUGGGUGCAACAACAGAGCUGAAGACCCUCGAGACCUUGACGCGCUCUUGCAGUACAUCGAGGGUCCAGCGCGACACGUAGACCGCGGGAAGAAAAGGGCUAAGAAGCAGCGCCAAAAGGCUAAGAGGAUGGAGUCCCGACUGGAGGAGCGGCUGCAGGCGGUGGGGCGCGAGCUGGCGGCGGCGCAGGCGCAGCGGGCCGCCGCGCACGGGGCGCGCGUGCGCGCCGAGCGCCUGCUGGCGGAGGCGCGCGCGGCCGCCGCGGCGCGGAGGCGCGGUAAAAAGCAGAAACUGAACCCAGUACAACAAGCUAAAAUGCAACUAGUAGCUGAGCAACUCGGCGAUUACACUGCCGUCGUCAACACUGCCGCUAAGGAGUUGCAGGUAGCCGAUAGGCGUGUGGCGGAGUACACGAAGCGCUAUCAAGAGUGUCAGAGAGCCUUGGCUGAAGCUAGAGCCUUACAGGGGAAAGAGCCCAUCGAGGACAGGAACAUUCACCAGCAUUCACCAGAGCCUCAGCCAGAUGUGGCGCAACAGCGUAUCUCCGCUGUACUGAGCAACGACUUUACCGUAUUGAAAAUGUGCGAGAAUGAAAGUCAGUCACAAAUUCAAUCGCAGAAACCAAGCGAGAGUCAAAAGAAACAGACAUGGGAGCAAGCGAUCGCUCAUAUCAACCAGCUAGCUAAGGGAUCUGCUAAGAAAAAACACAAAGAACAGAAAGAACCCCAAGCCCAGCCCAAGGUCGAGGUGAAGGUAAAGGAGAAGGAGAAAAAGGCGUCUCCUCCGCCAGCUAUCGAACCGCAACCCCUGUCUAAGAAGCAGAGAAAGUUGCUCGCUAAGCAACAGGCGGAGGAAGAAGAGAAAAGGAAACAGCAACAAUUAGAAGCGAAAUCCAAGAAAGCGUCGAAACAGGAACCUCUCAAAAUAGACAACAGCAAGAAGGACAAAGAGACGAAGAGAGAAGACAAGAAGAGAAAAGAAGAGAAGAAGGAAGUUAAGAAAGAAGAUAAAAAGGGGAAGGAGAAUAAACAGGACGCAAAAGCAUCGACAACAGCAAAAACGAAAGCCGGCCAACAACAAGCACAACAAAACAACAAGAAGGAUAAGAAGAAGGAAGCUACUGUCGAAGUUGUCACCAAGAAGAAUCAAUGCGCCAACCAGCCAGGGAAGCCAGCCUCUUGUAGCAUAAUGGAGCAGCUUAGCAGCGGAGUACAGGUGGCGGAUCUGAAACUGCCUCCUGGGAUUACUUUGACACGAGUUCAACCCAAUGAACAGAAGGAGGGGCCCGCCAUCAAAUCUGUUCCGCUGUGGAGGCACGCGGCCGCGCCGGCGCCGCGCCCCACUCUGCUGGCCUUUGCCGCGCCGCACACCGAUCCGCCCAAAGCGAUAAUAAUACCAGAACCGACGCAGCCAACUGGAAAAUCGAAGAAAACAAAGAAAAAGGCCAAAAAAGCGGCCGCUGAAGCCGCGGAGCCUAAACAAGAUGGCGCUAAAAUGGUCACACUACGGAACCCCAUGUUCCACCCCAACCUACCCCCCGUUCAGAUAACAACCGCUCCACAAAAGUCGGAGAUACGGAUCCCUGACCCCAUCCCCAUGCCCCCGACCCCCUGUCAAGCAACCAUAACUCCUACAUCGAACGGAAUGUACACAAUCCGUAACCCUCUCAUGUCUAUGAUGCACCAGCAAAAUUUGAUGGGAAUCAGAAACCAGAACCCCCAAAUGGCACCCAUUUUUAACCAGCCACCAUAUAACUACGUUAACCCCAAUGUUUACAACCCCCAAAGUUUCGAGCCUACCCGAAACUCCCCAAAGCAAGAUGAUUUCCAGCACCGUAUAAUGAAUCUAGCUUCAUUCACCCAAAAAAACGAUGAAGGCUACUCCCUCUUCAAGACACCAGAUGACAACCCUCAGAAGAGCUUCCUGACCCCAGAAUACUUCGAUGACCAGGCUCCGAAGGUCGUGUCUCCAAAUCCAAUAGGAACAAGACCAGACCACAACAGAAAUUACGAGAACGAUUCUCUGUUCGCCAAUCCCAUUCAACGCCCGGAGCCAAUAGGAACACCCUUGAAGAAAGACGAUGAUAAGCAAUACAGUGGCUUAUACACCCCAUUCGGUCAAGAAGAUCACAACGUCUUCAGAAAUGCCCUCUUCAGCGAUAAACAGGAAUCGAACCAGACCAAAAUGGAGGAUUCCACUCCUUAUGUCAACGGGGAGUUGCCUUACUUCCAAAGAUUGAGAGCGGGUUCGAAGCUUAACAACGAAGUGACGAUACACUACGUCACAGAUUCAAAGUUUUAUAAGGGACAGGAGGGCGAGGCGUCGCUGUUCGCCGCGCGCGCCUGGCCGCGUGCGCCCGCGCCGCCGCAGCCGGACUGCAGCAUCACGACCCUACCUACUCUAGAGACAUCUGAACGUGAGACCGAGUCCUUUGUUCUAAACUUCCACUUCUCUUCGUCAAGACACAAGCCCUACAUUCCGAUGUUGUCGUCAACUGAAUCAUAG